CUUCUCCUCUAAUAUGUUCUCAUUUGGAUGUGAAUCCUAUUCAAAUUGCUGUUCAGGUCCAAUAAAUAAAACCACUUCUCCAUCUACUUCUAUUCUUCCAUACGCUCCAUCUUCUCAUCUGUUAGAACUCCUUCCAAGUUUCUGAUUCUCUCUCUCUCUCUCUCAUUCAGUACAGUUACUAUCUUCUCUGGUUUAUCUUGUGUUUUGGGAUUUUCCAAACUCUAUAUUUUCUCCUCUAUUUCUUUGUACAUAUCAAGGAACAAGAAAUAGAGCAACCAUCCAUGGCUGCCAACAAGUUUGCAACCAUGCUGCACAGAAACACCAACAAGAUUACCCUUAUUUUAGUUUAUGCAAUGCUUGAAUGGGUUCUGAUCGUUCUCCUCCUCCUAAAUUCUCUAUUUUCUUAUUUGAUCAUCAAGUUCGCUGACUACUUUGGCCUUAAAAGGCCCUGUCUGUGGUGUUCUAGGCUUGAUCAUUUCUUUGAGCCCGCAAAGUUCCAGAAUUCUUAUAGAUCUCUUGUUUGUGAAGAUCAUGCCGUAGAAAUUUCCAAACUUGGGUACUGCUCAAAUCAUCGAAAACUAGCUGAAUGGCAAGAUAUGUGUGAGGAUUGCUCGUCCUCUCCGCAAGCUGAAUUCUCCAAUAAGUUCGCGUUUUUUCCAUGGAUGGAGAAACUGAGAGUGUUUCAAGAUUGUGGUGGUGAUAAGGUGAGUGAAAAUGUUGAGGUGAUUUCCAAGUGUGCUUGUUGUGGUGUUAGCUUGGAAACAAAAUUAUCUUGUGCAGAUGAUUAUCUGAUGAAGCCUUCUUGGAAGGACUCAGAAGAUACCCAGAAAGGGAAUUUUAUUUUGGAAGCAGAAGCUUAUGAUAAAAUUGAUGAAGAAGAUCAUUCUAAUAGAAAAAGAUCAGGUUUUGUGUGUGAUCGCUGUGGGGGAGAACAGGGGAUUGAUAAAAACAGGGGAGUGGAGGACAGAAACUGUGAGGAGAAAACAGAGGAAACUUUUUCAUGCUUUGUAUCUAGCUUCGAUUGCAAGGAAAUGGUAGCUGAUGUAAGUGAUAAAGACCAAAUUUUAAUAGAAAAAGAGCAAGUAUCCGUCCAGAAGGAUGAUUUGAAUGUGCCAGCGGAGAAUCCCUCUUGUGAUCAGGCAACGAUGGUUCAAGUUGGUUUCAGAGAAGAUAUUUCCAAUGAAAUUCAACCUCAGCAUCUAGAAUUCUACAUUGAUCGAGAUGCUUGCCACUUGAUUCCAAUUGAAUUGAUGGAUUCCAAUCCCGUGGAGAAGCAAAUGUCGGACAGGAAUGAGAAGAGAGAGGAGGAAAUUUUCGGUAAUGAAGAUUUUGUUUUGGAGUUCGAUAAGCACGUUGGGACACAAUAUGAAUUACUGAUUGAAGACAGGAUCGAUUUGCAUUUGAAGGUGCCGUUGCUUCCUAUCCAAGAGAGCGAGGAGGAAACUAUGGUUGCUGAGCUUGAGUCAAGGGAGGAAACUGUGGUUGCUGAGCUUGAGUCAAGGGAGGAAACUGCGGCUGCUGAGCUGGAGUCAAGGGAAUUCAUAGAGAAUGAGAAUUCGUCAGGAGCGCAAGCUGAUUGUGAACUGUUGAAGCAGGAUUUUGAACAGGUUGCCAUUUCUCCACCGUCGCAAACCCCUGCAAGCAAUGGCGAUGAUGUUCAAGAAGAAUCAGAAACUCCAGAAGAGGAAAUAGAAUCAGAGUCUGAAGAAGCACCUCCGAUGCAAAGUGAUGAGAUUGAAGCAGAUAUAUCCAUAGGGACAGAGAUUCCUGAUCAUGAACCAAUUGAAGAUUUUCAAAGUGAAGAAGUUCCUGCUUCCUGUCUGUCCAUAGCAGAAGAUCCUUCAACCACCGAUGCCAAUUUCCAUGCCUAUAAUGAACAUGGUUCUAAGCAAGGUGAAGGCGAAGCAGUAGAAUUUAGGACCAUAACAGUUGAGACGAGUGAGCCACUGAUAAACAGUCAUUUGUCAUUGUGUUCAGAGAGGAAUGACAUUGAGGAAGACAAGAUUCCUGAUACACCAACUUCUGUAGAUAGCCUUCAUCAUUUACACAAGAAGCUUCUAUUUCUAGAAAGAAGAGAAUCCAACACAGAGGAGUCUUUGGAUGGAAGUGUCAUCAGUGACAUUGAAACAGGUGAUGGAGUUUUGACUGUCGAGAAGUUGAAAUCUGCUUUGAGGGCUGAAAGGAAGGCUUUAAGUGCUGUAUAUGCAGAACUAGAAGAAGAAAGAAGUGCUUCUGCAGUGGCUGCCAACCAGACAAUGGCAAUGAUAAACAGGCUUCAAGAAGAGAAGGCUGCAAUGCAGAUGGAAGCUUUGCAGUAUCAAAGAAUGAUGGAAGAGCAAUCGGAGUACGACCAGGAAGCUUUACAGCUUUUGAAUGAAUUUAUGGUAAAGAAGGAGAAAGAGAGAGCAGAGCUAGAAAAAGAGCUCGAAAUAUAUCGGAAGAAGGUGCAAGAUUACGAGGCAAAAGAGAAGUUGAUGAUGUUGAAAAGAAGGAAAGAAAGUAGCACAAGAAGUGGAACUUCCUCUGCAUCUUCUAGUAAUGCUGAGGAUAGUGAUGGACUAUCUGUUGACUUGAAUCAUGAAGGGAAAGAAGAAGAUGGUUUCGAUAAUCAUAACAAAACUAGCGACCAGAACACCCCGGUUGAUGCAGUUCUAUAUUUGGAAGAAUCAUUGGCUAAUUUUGAGGAGGAGAGGCUAUCCAUUCUAGAUCAACUUAAGGUUUUGGAGGAGAAGCUUUUUACACUCAGUGACGAAGACGAGCAACUCUUCGAAGACAUAAAACCAAUUGAACAUUUAUACAAAGAAAAUGGAAAUGGCUACAAUGAGAAUUUGGACCAUAGCAGUGAAGCAAAUGGAGUUGCCAAUGGUAAUCACAAGGAAAUGAAUGGAAAAUAUCAUCAUCAAGAAAGAAAAGCCUUCAGUGCAAAGGCAAAGAGACUUCUUCCACUUUUCGAUGCCACUGAUGAAGAAACUGAAAAUGGGAUGCAAAAUGGGCAUGCAGAAGAAGUUGAUUCUGUUGCAUUGGAGAAAUCAAUCAACAAAUUUGAAGUAGAAAGCAAGAAGCUUGCAAUUGAGGAGGAGGUGGAUCAUGUCUAUGAAAGAUUACAAGCAUUGGAGGCAGAUAGAGAGUUUCUCAAGCAUAGUAUAACCUCCUUAAAAAAAGGAGACAGAGGGAUAGAGCUUCUGCAAGAGAUUUUACACCAUCUUCGUGAUCUAAGAAGUGUAGAACUCCGUGCAAGGAACAUGGAGGAUAGUUCUCUACAGUGACACUGUGCUCAACAAUGUCAAAGAAGACAUCAGAUUGCAUUGUGUAAGCUGAUUAAAACUGACGCAAGUUGUAGAUGGAAGAGCACUGAUUUUCUUGUUCAAGUGAUAAACAAGACCAAUUGCAAUGCCAAAUUUUUCAGCAAAAAUUCAUAUGGGAAGUCCCUUGAUGGAGAGGGAGGCUUCUGCUAUGGUCUGUUUGGAGGUCAUGGUGGACUGCAAGAUUUUUCUUUUAAAUUUUGUGUUUUUUUCGUUUUUUGGUCCAAGUAAGCCCAAAUUUUUGGAGGGUUGAGGUUGAGUCAGCUUGCCAUCAUCUUUUUGAGGGAAAGGAAGAUGGUGAGAGUAUGCUUGUGUAGGGUAGUGAUGAAGCCAAGCUGUCAUUUGUAUGUUGUGAGGAAUGGCCUGGCUUGCAAAGCUGGAGAGCCCAAUGAAGAUUCCAUCGCCAGCCUGCCAGGUAAAUAGCAGCAUUAGUUUCUGUAGACAGAUAGGAUUAGGAUACUCUUUUUGUCCUUUUUAUUUUUUUUUUCAA